AUGUCGCAGUCUGGAUCGGGUGAAGCGAACGACAGCCAGGAGCAGAACCAAGCUGAUCAGACGAUGGAGAACCAACAGACCACGUGUCAGAACGGUCGAGCGGAGCCGCCUGCCGACAACUCCAAGCAGGAUCUCUCAAAUGGCUUCGAGAAUCGGACCAUCGAGUACGAGAGGUUCGUGCAAGACAAGCCACAACAGAAUCAAACCGCAGGGAAGAAUCAAGAGCAACAGGCUCAGACCGGUCAAUAUCCAGGUGGUAGAAGGCAAUCGGUGGUAGGUCUCCCUGAGGAUAGACACCCCCCAUCGGGACAGCUUCCUCCUCAGCAGUACACUCAAGAUAAAACCGCCAUCGAGAAGACCCAGCACGUUUCUCAAACCAGCACUCAAACCCUACUGGUCCAAACUCACCCUCAAUUCAUGCCUGAUUACGACCAGACCCAGUACACCCAGAUACGAAAUCAGUUCGAGAUCAGACCUCAGAUGUACCCUCAGCAGGCACAGUACGCUGAGAGAGCCGGUUACGUAACCAGAGACGUUACAUAUAGAGAUCCAGCUCUGUACCAAGGAGGCGCGACGAAUCCAGUGUUCGCUGGCCAGGGUCAAUACGUGACAGUGCAACAUGGGUCUCAGAUACCCUCUCAAUCAGCCAGUCCACAGCCGCCAUAUUUCUCAGGAGUAGUAGUGCCCCAGCCCCCUAGCUAUCAAUUUAGCUCGCAGCCUCAGUACUCCUACAGUCAGUACCCUCAGACAGUCAUGAAUCCAGUCCCCUACAAUCCCCAUGCGGGCAUCUAUUCAGCUCAGCAGUUCGGUCAGCAGUCCCCUAACCCGCAGAGAUUCUCUCAAGACCUAGGUCAGUACCAGACUCAGCCCAUCAUUCAACCCAUCGCUCAGAACGUUGCUCACGGCAUCGCCAUCGCUACCACCGAUCGACCCAGUCGUGGACCCAAGCCCAUGGUCCCCCCGCGAGGAAACUCGAAGAUCACUCACGACACUGGUCACAGGAAGUCCGCGAGCGUCGACGUUCCAGGCAUGCAGAAGCCUAAGUAUGACUCCGGGCAGAAUCCUCCUCAGGAUCAGAUCCACCGCAGCGAAGGAGCGAUAAUCGUUCAAGGCACGCAGAUAAUCGCUGACGGACAAGAGAGAAGAUACCUGGCGACCAUCAAUCAGACACCAAGGACGAGGCAGGACGGUCUUUACGUCGACACCAACGGUGAUCCACCUGGACGGGAGAAGAUAUGCGAGGCGGUGGCCACCGAGUGCGGGCUGUACGUGGCCAGGUCCGAACAUAGGAAAUCUAUUUCCGUGGACGUCACGUCGAGCUUCCCGCGUCGAAACGACACGAUUACUUUCACGUUUCCCGGCGAUACGAAUCAAGAAAUAUUGAUACCGGCCAGGAAGCCCGCGAGCAUGGCGGAUCCGAAACGAGUGGAAGCCAAUCAAGUGUACCCGCCUGAUCAAAGGCGAUUGGACGCGAGCUUGAGAGUAUCGCCGAUGGCCUUCGAUGCGAGACAGGAAAAUAGGAAGAGCAUAGGGGCUGAUAGGAAGCCCGAGUGGGGUAACGUGAGCCCUAAUCAGCGAGUGGCGAUGCCGCAAGAAAACAGACGGUCCGAUUACUUCGAGGAACAUAGAAGAUCACCGAUGACAAUCGAAGGGAAGAGAAUGGAGGACGUAAGGAGAUCGCCGAUGCCGUUCGUGCCGAUUCGCGAAACUUCCGUGGACCGUGCUGGACAGAAGAGUCCCUCGUUCGUGAAUCAAAACUUCGAGAAAACUAGACAGGAGUUGGCGAUAUGGGCGGAGCAGAGACAACGACAGGAGCACGAGAAGAAUUUAAUUCAGAAUCAGAUGAUGUCUACUAGCCCGCGUUCUCGCAAUCAGUCGGAGGAAAGGAGAGAUUCCAGGCCCUUGCAUCAGACGGAGGAACGGAAAGAGACGAGGAUGACGCAGUCCGCUUUCCAACCGUUGCCCAAUAUCAGCCAGAGCACGAUAAUGGAGCAACGUCGUCAUCUUCGACAUGUCAGCGCCGAUUUAACGAAGCACAUGGAGCUGUCGAGGAAGGAGUUCGACGACCAGCCUAUCAGCGGCUCUGUAGCUAAUCUUGGACCAGCAGUCAGCACUGUUCCGUCGCAGAGAGCCAGUCCGAACAUAUGUCACCAGUAUCCAGCUCUCAGCGAAGCGAAACUGGACACGAAGACUGUCCUGACCGUGGUGACUGACUUCGGUGACACGAACCUGAACAAACCGAACGAUCAGGUCGAUCACAUUAUACACAGCCAUCGCAAGAGUUACAAUAUCUCGAGUAAUUUGUUGACUCACAGCAAGAGCCAAACGGAUAAUCUUCAAAGCCAGCUCGACUCCCAGAACGAGAAGCCUGACUCCCUCCAGGCCCAGCAGCAGCAGUUACAGAAUCAACGGAAUCUCGAUUUGAUUUCCGAGAAGCUCAGCCAAUUCGAGCGCCAACAGAGCGAUCUCCAAGCGAAGCUUCAGUGUCUUCAGAACCAGAAUCAAAUUCUGGACAAGGUUGCUCAGUUCCAGCAUCAGCAGAGCGACUACCAGGCGCGUUUGCAAAGCCUCCAGGCGCAGAAUCAGCUUUGCGAUAAGCUGCAAAGAUCCGCGGAUUUUCAACAGUAUGCGAUCGGUAACGAGAUCCAUCAGGUCCAAUCGAACUCACUGCCCAACCACCAGGAACAGCCCGAUAAGAGCUGCGCGUCACAGAGCCAGCAUCCCUCGCACAGUCAUCAUCAAACGUUAUUGACUGCCUCCUAUUCACAGAACUCUAAUCAUCAAUCCUGCCAAUCGUCUGUCCGCGAGAAGCUGUCGCCGAGGCUUCAGCACGAUACCGGCGACCCAAAUUCUAUACAGAUACCGAGCAUGUCGCAGAUGCCGUUGCCGUGUCUGCCGCAAUUCGAGCGCUCCGACACGUCGCGUGUUUCGUUCACGCAGUUCCAUCGGCUUCAAUGUCAGAUCGACGGCCACGAGGGCGCCGCUGCGUCGCCAGGCGGCGCUACCGCGACUUUCACGGGAACCCUGAAGAAGGUGCCGCCGGAAAAGCCCCCGAGAACGUCCCUGAUCAUUCAGUCGCCUGAGUCGGAGAGCAACCGUAGCCAGCCAGCCAUUGGCCUGAAGGAGAUGCCGAAGGUGCGGCCAACCAUUUUCGGCACAGUCACCACGGAGCCCAAUCUGAAUCCCAAGGAUGGCAACAGUCGAAGGAGCUUGCCACAAACCCCAGCUGGCGGUGUCGGUGGAAAAGGAAGCGGAAGUGCCGGCGCCGGUUCUAGUAUGGUCAAUGGUUCCGGUACCGAUCAUCAGGAUAUUCGUGACGGGGCUGCUUUAAACACAGAGCACGCCCUGGUUUAUCGGGACGGGAACCUCGUCUCCGGGUCUCUGGAGGCCCUGGUGCAGCACAUGGUGCCCACCGAGGAGUAUUAUCCCGAUCGGGCGUACCUCUUCGCCUUUUUGCUGAGCGCCAGGCUCUUCAUCAAGCCGCACGAGCUCCUGGGCGAGGUCUGCGCCCUCUGCGAGCAUCAGCAAAACCUGAAUGGAGAGGGUGGCAAGGAGCGUCUACAGCGUUUCGUUCCGCGACUGGUGCAACUGCUGGCCGAAUGGACGGAAACAUUCCCGUACGAUUUCCGGGACGAGAGGGUGAUGGGUCACGUCAGGUCCAUCACGCAGAAGAUCGCUGCGGUCGACGCUGCGGCCCGGCAGGAAGUUUCAGCGUUGCUGCAAAACUUGCUGCUACGACUGACGGCCCUGGAAAGGUACGAGGAGGGUCUGGCCAGGCUCGCGACCGAGGCAGCUACCGACCAACUUACACAGGUGGACAUCACCGAGCUGUGCCCCUCGGCCACGGUUCUGGCGCAGCAAUUGACCCACGUGGAGCUGGAGAGGCUCUCUUACAUCGGCCCCGAAGAAUUCGUCCAAGCAUUCGCCAAGGAGUCUCCUCAUCUGGAAACAUCGUUCAAGGAUAUGAAGAAAACGCGCAAUCUGGAGUCGUACGUCCAGUGGUUUAAUAGACUGAGCUACUUCGUAGCAACGGAAGUGUGCAAGCAUCCGAAAAAGAAGCAGCGUGUGCGUGUGGUUGAGUACUGGAUCGAAACAGCCCGCGAGUGCUUCAACAUUGGUAACUUCAACUCUCUGAUGGCCAUCAUUGCUGGCCUGAACAUGUCACCGAUAUCUCGUUUGAAGAAAACGUGGUCGAAGGUGCAGCUGGCGAAAUUCUCGAUCCUGGAGCAUCAAAUGGACCCGAGCAGCAAUUUCAGCAGUUAUCGCAGCACCCUGAAGGCAGCAAUGUGGCGUAGCGCCGGCGCUACGGACGAGCGACAGAGAAUCGUCGUACCCUUCUUCAGCUUGCUGGUCAAGGAUCUCUACUUCCUGAACGAGGGAUGCAGCAACAAGCUACCGAAUGGACACAUUAACUUCGAGAAAUUCUGGCAGCUGGCGAAGCAAGUGACGGAAUUCAUCGCCUGGAAGCAAGUUGCGUGUCCCUUCGAGAAGAAUCCUCGUGUCAUUGCCUUUCUUCAGGCGAGCCCGGUGCUGACCGAAAAUGCUCUGGCGUUGGCAUCUUUCGAGUGCGAGCCACCAGACAACAACCCAGAGAAGGAGCGUUAUAAAUCUUUAAAGUCGGAGCUGAACGCUCAGUGAAAACGAGCUACCGUGCAACGCGUCGAAUGGGAGCGAUAUUGACGGACCGGUAUAUAAAUAGACGCACUCAUAUAAAUGUUAAUAUAUUCACGCACGAAUCUUCUACGAGAUGAGGUCAGCCUCCGCGAGGAUCGAGGGGAGGCAAGAAGAAAUGCUGUUUGGCGAACGAGAGACUCGCAAAGGACGAUGAGCUUGUGAAAGGACGAAGAGAAAACUUCCGAAGCGAUUAGCUCGCGAUGGAGAACAACGCAAAAAGUAAAAGAAGAAUAAUUCAACGUAGUGAUCUCGCAUCGGUUAAGGACAUCAUUUAGGUACUAGGAAAACCGACGCGGUCGUCGACGAUUUCCAACGAAGCCAACUUCUUUUCUUGCGCUCCGUGGCAACAUUUUUCUUCCCUGUACGCGGUAAACUGAUAAGUUUCCUCCUUGCAUGACGCGUUACCACGUUCUGUAACGCUUGAAGAUGCCUAAUACGCAGCGUCAUUUGCGUUUAGCUGCGCUUUCGACGCGUCGACUGCAACGCAGAGGUGGACCGAACACUUUCUAGAUACAAAUUUCGAAAAACGAAUAAAACGUAAACAACUCUUCAUCCGUUAAUCGUUAAAUAAUAGUUGUAAUUUGAAGUAUUUUACAAUGAAUAUGCGAAGAUUUGCAAGACGCAUGCAGAAUAUUCAAUUGAACGUCACGAAUCAAUUGCUGUGCGUUUUAUUCGUUACUCGAAUAAAAUUUUCUCCAUCUCUACGGCCACGUUACGCGUAUACGACUAACGCUAAUGUUUCGGUUAUUGCGACGUCGUUUUCCAGGGUGUAAUUAGACCGCUGAUUUUGUGCAUGGAAUAUGAAAACCAUAUGCGAAACGUACGCAGAAUAUAUGCACUUACGAGAAAUAAAAUAUUAAUAUUACUGUGUUAAUUUAUGAAAUAUUUAUCUAUAUACGUUUCGUGUGUGCUUCCCAUAUUAACGCACGCUGUGAAAACUUUUGGAAAGGGUGAAGGUAUCGAGGCUAAAACAGGGAUGGAUUGAGAUAAAGACUUCAAGGGUUAUAGCAUAGGAUAUUCCUCUGCUGGAGAAUAUUCAAAGUCUAAAUGAAAAGUUGUUGUGCAACAGUUGUGUCAAAGUAUAAGUACUUCAAAUUGUUUAUUUAACCCUUUGCCGUCCUAUGUCGAGUGAGACUUGACAGAACUGUACUGAAAUCAGAAAAUCUGGACUGCAAAUGGUAAAAGAGGGUUCGAUUGAUACACUGUGUACAUAUUUGUAGGAAACUGUGGCAAAAACGGACGAUGUGUACACGUCUCAUAAUUCAUGGGGAAUAUUUCAGGGAUUGUUCGAGCAAAAAUGUGUGUUACCUUGUAUUUGACCUUCAUAAGAGAUGCUUAAAUUCCAAUUGCAAUUUCAUUUCCUGACCAUCAGUAUUCUCUGAUAGUCAAUCAGAUUCCGAACAAGAUCAAAUAAGACAUACGUUCUCCACGAACUUGAGAAAGUGUGAAUCUUGAAAAAUUGCUAAAUCAAUUCCUGAAUCACCUCCCACACCCCACAAGACAUCACAGUGCUUGUAACACGGAGGUCUGCACAAUCUCAAUCCGUCUCUAGUUGGGAGCAUUAAUUAUGAACAAUCCUGAAAGUUUCACGAGAUCAACGUGGACGAAACUCACACGGAAUCAGCUUAGCAGUCAACGCGUCAACGCUGGUCGAAGUUCCAAGACUCCCAGACGAACCAGUCGCGGGACUUCGAGCGUUCCACGAUCGUUGAAAGCGAGGACCGCGUCGGUCGAGGUCGUCCGCGGAUCGACGAGACGAUCGAUCCGUCGGAGCGCGAAAUUUCACUGGACAGUAUCGCGUAGCAGUAAGGAUAGUUCCUAAGCCCGAGGACCAGCGAGAAAGAGUUCUUGGACACCUUCGACAGAUGCUCGAGGGAUCGUUCUCGAUGGGCCGACCCUUUUGUACAUAGUCCUUUUGAUAUACGCUAACGAAACUCCUAGGUGUGGACAGAGGGAUGCAGGUGGAAGGAGAUGGUUGAGAAAAAAAAAAGUAUAGGGUCGUUCCUGUAGAGUAAGCUGGAGGUUGUUUUAAGAUUCUAGGAUACGUAGUAGCGGACGACGGUCGUCGUGCACGUACUUAACGAACGAGAUACGAUUGGAACGUUUCGACGCGAUCAUCGAUACAACAGGGAUAUACGACUCGCUCGCAACGCGCACACACGUGCAGUUAUUCGGGAAGCGUUUACAUCUUGCCAGCGUUGACGAUAUGUGGCUUCAUUCGCGGUGACGUGUGUUUAGUUACGGUUCUUCACGGUAGAGCUUCAUUACCUUGCUAAUUGAUCGUUAGUCGGGUCUGAUUCUGGUCAUUUGUCGAGGGAGGCCAGCAAUUCUCUGCAGUGAUCGCCCUUUCUUGGGACUCAGUGGUGAAAUAUUAAUAUUGGGGACGUCCCUAAUUUAGAUAUUCGAGGAAACAGUCAAUGACCUGAAUGCUCUAUUAAUACUCUUUGAUAUUACUCAAACUACUCAAACAUAGAACUCACUAAUCUCUAAGCUAAGAUCAAAUGAGACAGAUAUUCACAUGAAUGUUUCUUACGUAUUUUCUGUUGGUCAAUGAAUUUCUGAAAUAUUACCUGUAUACCGCAAAAUACACACUCAAACACGUAUAUAAAGUCAGUCCCCUCGGUGUCUAUUACAAGAAUCGUUUUAAUGAUAGGUUAGAUGUUUCCAAAUAAGUGUUUUAUUAUGAAUAUGUACAUGAAUAAAUAUUACACGUGUAUAUUUUUAUAAUGAAUAAUUUAUUUGAAAACAUCAAACCUAUCAUUUCAUUUAGACUUUCUUUAAUAGACACAGAGGGUAAUCGAUUACUGUAAAAACUACCCCUCCUACAAGCAACUUUUACUCCACUAUUCCGACUCAGUUUUUCAAGAAGAAUGUGUUCCUCGCGAUCCUCGCAGAAACACAGUUUUUUACAUCGUCGAAGAACCGUUUCCAUACGCGCGUCACUGAUUCACGUUUUAUGUUUUCCUUCGACGAUCUCGAUUUACCAGCGCUCGCUCCUAGCGAAGAAUCGAUCCAGCCGAGAUUCGAUACUUUUGUUUCGUUCAUUGCCUGAAUGAACUCGUAAUAGACGGAUAGAGAAACAAUGAGGAAACCAGAGGGGGCGUGGAGGGUUCUAGGGAGAGUUUUGUGAAAACAUAGGGACCAAGAGUUCGUUUUUCCUGUGUAUAAACCGCGUCUGCGAUACGCGACGGAAAAUCCGCGUGCGCCCCGCGAUCCGGAGAGGGAAAUGCGAGGGAAGCAGAACCGUUGAACUUUUCGCUCGCUAAUACGUAAAUUCGCGUACUGAGAGAAACCUUGCAGUCAUUAGGCGUUUAAGUAGAUAAUUUCCGUGUAUUUUUACACGAUUACGUGUCGAAUGUUCUCAUCUUUUGCGAUAUCUGCGGUAUAAACUGGGUGUGAUAAUACACCGGUUCUCCAUUGCAUACGCGUUAUGCACGCAGGUGAGAAAAAUGGACGUGAACAGCUGUUUUCGCUGUGAAGUGUAUCAUAGAUUGUUUACGUUUAAUUUAAUUAUUUAUCUACGCACCGUCGAGCGAUUCUCGUAAUCAGCACGCGCGUAGGAAAAAUUUUAUCAGUGAUUUUAUUUUCGUACUAUUCGUCGUAGGUCUUUGUUAAGAAGCGUUUAAAUUAUGCGAACGUCAACGGGCAGCUCUUCUGGCGCGUUUAAUUUGUAGUUUUCUAUGUAACAAUUUUCUUUCGUUCUACCGUUCCUAUGUUAUUUAUACUAAUCGUACGGAUACACGAUAUUUUAAUAACGCAAAAUAUUUUUCUACAUUUCUAUCGACCGUUUCCGUGAUAAAGGCUUCGAUUGUAAUUAAUUUUAAAUAGUUUUAAUGGUACGUAAUGAAGGUUUGUUCGUUAUGUAACACCAGUCCGUCUCGAUGGACCGAGCAUUUUACGCUACAGGAUUAAUCGAUGCGAAUCUUUGGUCGUAGUUGUUGAUACUUUUAACGAUAUGUAUUUCGCGUUCUUCUCUCAGUACGAGAAACAAAUGUGUAUUAUAUGCAACAGAGUAGCGUCGUAUGUACGAGAACGAACCAGAGUCUGCGCGAAGAUCGCGCGAUAAAGAAAGUAUAAUUCAUCGAUCGAGCCAAAAAAUGAACAACACCAUUUGUACGCCGGACACCUUUCUCCGAACCUUAUUCUUUUUUUUUUAAAGAUUAACGAUUAGAAAUCGCCAUCGAUGCACGUGUUCACCUACAGUAUUACAAUUUCUACUGUACAUUUUACUAAAGUUUCCAUAUCAUCGUUUUGAUAAAGUUUAGAUGUACAUACCACGAGGAAAGUGAUUCACUGUUUCUAUAAAAUCACUGAUAAGUAUAGAAUGAACAUCUUUGUAUCGAAUCGUGUACAUUUAGUGCUGAUUUCAAUUAUCUUUGCCUAAUUCAGACCUAAUCUGAGUCGAAGCACCAUUUUAUCUUUUUACUUAAACCAACGCUAAUUCAGUUCUGAAGUCAUACGUGAUUAAAUAAAAAUGUGUUCGUUGAUAUAAACACUCCGAAAAGAAAAUUUCAUAGAAGCACCGAAUUAAUUACUUUCGUACUCAAUUGCACGUUGGUAAUACCAUUUUAUAUUAAGAAUGUAUUGCCUGUAUGUAAACUAGAUCUUAGUAUUACGCUCGAUAACUGUAACAUAUUUUAUUUUUACUUUUCUUAUAUUUAAUUUAAUCCUCUCUGACUUUGGAGGACUUACACAUAAGUACUUUAUACAUAUAUGUAUGUAUGCUCGAUUAUCUUAAAUCUUAUCUAUUUUAUACUACUUUAGUUGCCAAUGUAUUCCGUCGAUGUCGCCGGAAAACCUUUUCAAGAUUCUCGAAAACUUUUAAGGUUGAGAAAGGAGUUCGGCAACACAGUAGCCCGAAGAAUGUUCCGACGAUAGGGCACGUUUACACUGCUGCACUAUGCUUGAAUUAUAUACCCAUUCUUUUUUAUAAAGCCCAAUUUUGAUAUCGAUUACAUAGAAAUAAAUUGUUAACUUAUCGAAUACUUUAGUGCUCGUCGUAAAGGCUUAUCUCGACGUGACCCCAUUAAGAAUCUGUUAACUACGUGACGUAUGGUAUAAGCACAAUUUGAUGAAAUAAAUCAUGUGCACCACUGAUAAACUAUCGACCAAUGGAAGACUGUUCUUCAACUCUGACGCAAUUAAUACUGUAAUAAAUCCCAAUCGAAACGCAAUAAUAUACCUUCACGAAAAGGUUUCUUUGAUAUACCAACAGUCUCGAAUCAGAUUUAGGUUUUCAAAAAGUAGCAGCAAUGUAAACGAGCCCUCAGAGUCCCGAACGAAGUCGACAAUUAUCCAUGCACGUUUAUCAUAGAAGUAUACACGAUACAACGGUACGAAUCGUUCGUAAUAAUUAAUGAGUGUUACCGUGUAAGCAUCCGUGUGGCGUUGUCAAGAUUCGAAUGCGGCGAAUUCGCGCCGUAAGAUCGUUCAAAAUGGUCGUUACCAGACCCAUGUUCAACGAGGGAAUCCCCGACUCGACGUCGAGGUGGAGAAGCGGGGGCGUCUCGAAAUACCAGCCACUCGAUUUCUUUCGCACCCGUCUCGACUGAUUUCACGCGGGCAGCAGCACGACUGGUCGUUGUAAUAUUUUCUACCGAUCGCUUUUUUCUACGAUUUUUGUAACACGAAAACGGGAGAAAGGGAGAUAGAGGAAGAGAGAAAUGGAGAAGCAGAACAUCGAUCGUCCGCGUGAUGACAAGGUGAACGGUCAUCGACCAGCCAGGAAAUCGCUCGAGUGCCGCGCGAAAAAUUGAUCCACGAUAACCGAGCUGACGAGUGAAAAACAGAAACAAAUGAAUCAUGAGAAUUAGAAACUGUCGCGAUCGAAUGGUUUCGCGAGGACACGAAGCUACGUGACAAACGCCUACAGUUGCGUUUCUUGUACAUACAAAAAAAAUCCUGUAUAUAUAUAGUUAUAUGACACAUAAACAUAUGCGUAUAUCUAUGCGUUAUCUAGAGUCUAAGGUUGGAUAGGCCGUAAUCGAACUUAAGAGUGGUACCACGGCGAAGAAGAUGGGAGGGGCUGAGGCACCAAGGUGUCCUCGACUUCUCAAUGUCACGUCGUGCGUCGACGUCGAAGGCCUGUCGACCACGAUAAUCGCCGAUCGAUCGAUCUGAGAUCGCCUAACGAUACCUUAUAGUACACACGAACCUUCAUCCUCGAACGAUUGAUUGAUUGGAAGAGAAUACGAACACUUGCUUACUGUCUAGUCAUUAGAUCGUUAGUCGAGGGCCCGUGUCGGUGUUCUAGGUCGGAAACCACGCGCACCUGUCUGCUGGUUUCUCAUGCAUCCUUGGCAGACUUCUUGCUGGGUGGAAAUAUUCGUUAAAUUUGGAAAUCGACUCUUCACUUCGAGGAAUUCUAUUAGAUUUGAAUGAGGAUGCUCGAAGGUGGUGGAACACCUGAUGUAUCAUAUCCUUCCAGAUAGUCAGGUGCAAUAUUGUUAUCCUCUUUUCAAUAUUGUAUAAUGCAUAUGGAGAACCACUAUUCGUUCCUCUAAAUAUAUUUGCCUGAGAGUGCAGAUUACAAAAAUAAAUGCGAUUGUCAACGAUACACUCACAAUUUGUAAGCCACGUUAAUUUCAAACCAGAUAGUUAAUUAAACCAACGCGAACAAUGGUCACCUAUCGUUACAAUUUAAUAAAGUAGAAUAUAUUGUAAUAAAUCCAGCAAAAUUUAGUUACAGCCAAGAAAGAGGACGCGUUUUUUCUGAAACUAGGACACGGGCCGCGUUAUGCCUAAAUUAAGAGUAUUCGGGUUAGAGUUAACGUUAAGUUUUAUAUUAAGCGUAUUUUUUGGUCGACAUUCCCUUAAUUCUAAGACGUUUAUAAUUACACACGUUAAAAAGGUUUGCGUAGCUCAGCAGAUUUCAUUCACCGAUUUUGCUUGCGUGUAAUUCUCUCUAUUUUUCACCCCUGUUCCAUUCAGCAACACCCCCGCGACGAACGUCGUUCGUUUUCUCUCGAUGACGAUGGAUAUAGAUCCUUGGAGACAGAAGAUGAACCGCGAUCGAUUUCCGUGUACUUUCAUCCAUAGAAUUCAACGCCGCAAAUGCGAUUCAUUUUUUAGAUUCGCGAUUGAACACCGCAGAAACGAGAGAAUCAAUGUAAUUGGUUGAAUGAUCGACAGCUAGAUUGUCCUUUUUUUCAUCAUCGUUUGGAUCUACAGUUGAAACUUUUUAAAGUAAGAAAUAUAUCUCAUCGGUGUACAUAGAACGAUCGAUUGUAUAGAACCGUCGGAUCAAAGGUGUCGAACAGAAACAAUGAUAACAAUCGACAUCUUUGCGUCCGUUGCAGGAUUUCGGCGUGAGAUCGAUUGCCAUUAGUUUUUAAGUUGAAAAGCAUUUUCACUGCGUCAAUUAGAACGUAUCGUUCUUCGUUUCAUUUUCGUACUAUAGUGCUGGUCGCGUAAAAUUGAAAAGUAAUCGCGUUAUUGCUUGAACCUUCGUCUACAAAAUGUGCAUUUGAAAAGGGUAACGAGGGCUCAGGAGGAUUCAAAGAAAAACAAAAGAUUACUUAAAAGUGCAGUUCAAGCAUCAGAAAUCGUCAAAAUCGAAGCUUGACGCUCUUCGAACUCUGUUUCGUAUUAAUCGCGAGGAAAUAGAGCUCCAUUCCUUGAACCUUCUUCUAUGAAAUCGACUUUUUUAGAAGCCGAAACGAUUUUAGGAAACAGUACAAGAAAAAUGAAACCUUGAAAGUCGCACGUGCCUUCGGUGUUUAAAAUUUACCUUUUCUUAAAAUAUUGUUUUCAAUAUUGUAUCACUGUAAGAGAAUACACAUUUUGUAGAAGGAAAUUCACGGAAUAGGGUGAUGGUUUCUCUUAGAGACGAAUCAAAGGGUUGGGAUUGGAGACGAGUAUUAUAUUACAGUAAUCGAUUUUUAUACAAUGUUAUAAUUUGUCCAAGUUUGAAAUGGAAAUCGAGCAAAUCAUGUUGUAGCAAUCACGAUGUAUUACCAUGGCAUAUUGAUAUAUUAUUAAUGUAUUGGGAGUUUCUUUUGUAAAGACAAGUACGAGACGAUUUCGUAAGAUGAAAUAAAUGAUCGUUUCAUUAAACGGAACAACUGCCAGCGUUACAAAUAAAGUCAAUAAAAAAAAAUUGUUUACGGUCGAUCCAGCUGUCGAUCGGUCAGCCUGAAUGUUGCGUACAACGAUUUCAUAAUGUUACACGAUUUUUGCAAUUUCGUAAUGUAAGUCACCCUGAACCCGCCCCCUCCCCCACCGCUUUAUUUUCGUUUCUGUUGUUCGUGCGUCGAUUUUAUUGUAUAAACGUCGGAAUUUCCGUUUCCGUGGUUUUGAUCUAUCCGAUCGAAUAUGUUGGGACUAUUGUACAUAAAUAGGCUCAAUCAUGUAACAGCGACGAGACAGCAAUUACAAUUAUUGUAGAAACGAUGAUGUCUUACGAAAUAAACUACAGAUUAAUGGACGUUUCUCCAA